GAUCAUCUGGUGUUUCACCUGCGCGGAACCGGAGGAAGAAGGAACACCUGUGGAACACCCGAGUACAACGCCCCGACACCCUCCGUCCGCGCUGCCUAACUUUACCGAACACAGUGACCGAAACCCACCCCUCCCACCACCACCACCACCACCCGCUGCUCGCGUCCCAGGGACAACGGACAACAAGUGUACACCUGUUGAAGUAGAGACACUGCGGGAUAAUGGAGUCUUCUGGUGCUGUUCCGGUUCCAGUGAUGGUUCUGAUGGGAACUAAAACGGUGUCGUAGUUUGUUUGGAUACCGAGUGAGCACGCGCUAGAAGAUGUCUGUGGACGAGCUGUACACAAAGUUCACUCGGGUUUGGAUCCCAGACCCUGAAGAUGUGUGGACCGCUGCAGAGAUCACCAAAGAUUACAAAUUGGGAGAGACCGUUCUUCAUCUCAAAUUGGAAGAUGAGACGCCUGUGGAAUAUCCCAUCGGUCCAAAGAGUAACGCUCUUCCUUUCCUACGUAAUCCUGACAUCCUGGUGGGGGAGAAUGACCUCACAGCUCUUAGUUACCUGCACGAACCUGCUGUGCUGCACAACCUCAAAGUCCGCUUCCUGGAGUCCAACCACAUCUACACAUACUGCGGUAUUGUCUUGGUGGCCAUCAACCCGUAUGACCAGCUGCAGAUUUAUGGAGAGGAGGUCAUCAAUGCCUACAGCGGGCAGAACAUGGGGGACAUGGACCCUCAUAUCUUUGCUGUAGCUGAAGAAGCUUACAAGCAGAUGGCCAGGGACGAGAGGAAUCAGUCCAUUAUCGUGAGUGGAGAAUCUGGAGCAGGAAAGACAGUUUCUGCAAAGUAUGCUAUGCGUUUCUUCGCUACAGUGGGAGGUUCGGCUAACGACACAAAUGUAGAGGAGAAAGUGCUGGCCUCCAGUCCCAUCAUGGAGGCCAUUGGAAACGCAAAGACCACCCGAAACGACAACAGCAGUCGCUUCGGAAAGUACAUUCAGAUCGGGUUUAGCCGACACUACCACAUCAUUGGUGCCAACAUGCGGACGUAUUUGCUGGAGAAGUCAAGGGUUGUUUUCCAGGCUGAGGACGAGAGGAAUUAUCACAUCUUCUAUCAGCUCUGUGCCUCUGCAAGUUUACCGGAGUUCAAAGACCUGAAUCUCACCAGUGCAGAGGACUUCACCUACGCGUCCUUAGGCGAGAACAUCUUUAUUGAAGGAGUGAAUGAUGCUGAGGACUUUAAAAAGACCAGAGAGGCCUUCAGCCUGCUGGGAGUGAAGGAGAGCACUCAGAGCAACAUCUUCAAAGUAAUGGCCUCCAUUCUUCAUCUGGGGAACAUAGAGAUCUGCUCCGAUAGAGACGGAGAGAUGUGUCACAUCUCGAAGGGCGACUCCCACCUGAGCGACUUUUGCAAACUGCUGGGGGUGGAGCACAAGCAGAUGGAGCACUGGCUGUGUCACCGGAAGCUCGCCACAACCUCGGAGACGUACGUGAAGGCCAUGUCCCACAAACAGGCAAGCAACGCCCGCGAUGCCCUCGCCAAACACAUCUAUGCGCGCAUGUUUGACUGGAUCGUGGAGCACAUCAACUUGGCCCUGCAUACAUCCUCCAAACAGCACUCCUUUAUAGGCGUCCUGGACAUCUACGGGUUUGAGACGUUCGAGAUCAACAGUUUUGAACAGUUCUGCAUCAAUUAUGCCAACGAGAAACUUCAGCAGCAGUUUAACUCUCAUGUGUUUAAGCUGGAGCAGGAGGAGUACAUGAAGGAGCAGAUUCCCUGGACACUGAUCGACUUCUAUGACAACCAGCCGUGUAUUGACCUGAUUGAGGCUCGACUCGGCAUCCUGGACCUGCUGGACGAGGAGUGUAAGGUUCCGAAGGGAACAGACACAAACUGGGCUCAGAAGCUCUACAAGCAGCACAGCGACAGCGCUCACUUCCAGAAACCACGCAUGUCCAACAUGUCCUUCAUCAUCAUACACUUCGCCGACCAGGUGGAGUAUCAGUGCGACGGUUUUCUGGAGAAGAACAGAGACAGGGUGUAUGAGGAGCAGAUCAACAUCCUGAAGGCCAGCCAGUCCCAGCUCGUCGCAGAUCUGUUUCACGAGAAGAACGACGCACCCUCCACAAAGUCCUCCAAGGUUAAUGUCCGCGCGGCAAAGAUGGCGCCCAGAGCUCCGAACAAGGAGCACAGGAAGACCGUUGGACUCCAGUUCCGCAGUUCCCUCCAGCUUCUCAUGGAGACGCUGAACGCCACAACACCACACUACGUCCGCUGCAUCAAACCCAAUGACUUCAAGGAGGCAUUUACCUUUGACUCGAGGCGAGCGGUGCAGCAGCUCCGAGCGUGUGGUGUUCUGGAGACGAUCCGGAUCAGUGCGGCCGGAUAUCCUUCCAGGUGGACGUACCUGGACUUUUUCAGCAGGUAUCGAGUGUUGAUGAAGAAAUCUGACUUGAUGUCAUCAGACAGGAAGCUGGUGUGUAGAAAACUGCUGGAGACUCUUAUCAAGGAUUCUGACAUGUUCCAGUUCGGAAAGACAAAGAUCUUCUUCCGCGCGGGUCAGGUUGCGUACCUCGAGAAGCUGCGUGCCGAUAAGUUCCGCGCGGCGUGCAUCAUGAUCCAGAAGACCGUCCGCGGAUGGCUGCAGAGAGUCCGGUACCGAAAGAUCCACAAGAUGGCCAUCACCCUGCAGCGAUACGGCCGAGGAUACCUGUCCCGCAGGUAUGCCGAGUACCUGCGUUUGACUCGAGCGGCGAUUGUCUGUCAGAAACAGUAUCGCAUGGUGAGAGAUCGACGGGCGUAUCUAAGAACGAGACAGGCGGUCAUCACCAUCCAGGCCUAUGCCAAAGGAAUGUUUACACGCAGGAUUUACUGGGAGUUCCUCCUGCACCACAAGGCCAUGAUCAUCCAGAAGAAUGUCCGCGGCUGGAUGCAGAGGAGGAAGUUCAGGCGGGCACGUAACGCUGCCAUCAUCAUCCAGUGUGCGUUCAGACGAAUGAGAGCCAAGAGGCAACUGAAGCAGCUGAAGAUCGAGGCGCGGUCGGCAGAACAUCUGAAGAAUCUGAACACGGGCAUGGAGAACAAGAUUGUCCAGCUGCAGAGGAAGAUGGACGACCAGUCCAAAGAUUACAAAGCUCAGAACGUGAAGCUACAGCAGGUGAACACCACGCUGGAGUCAGAGGUCAGCAAAAUGCACAAGGAGCUGGAGAUGAUACGAGGUCAGCAGGGCGAUGGAGGUCAGCUGACAUCUAUGCAGAAGGAGCUGGAGCGGCUGAGGAAGGAGCUUCAGGAGGCACACGCACAAAGGAAGAAGUUGGAGGAGGAGCACGGCAGUGAGAAGAUGUCCCUACAGCAGAGGGUGGAGGAGCUGGAGACAGAAAACGCUCUGCUCAAGAGUGAGAAGGAAGAAAUGAACCAGAAGAUCCGUCAGCAGGUGAAGACCUCUGCAGAGGACAGUAAUGCAUCUCAAAGAGAGGUGUCCCUUCAGUCGGAGUUGGACGCAGAAAGACUGAGAUACCAGAAUCUGCUCAAAGAAUUUUCUAAAGUGGAGCUGAGAUGCGAAAACCUGAAGGAGGAGCUGUCCCUGACCAAGUUCCAACCUGGCCACCGGAGGAAUGAGUCCAAUCAGAGCAGCCUGGAGUCAGACUCUAAUUUCCCAUCUGUGUCCAUGUCAGAGGUUGGAGACACAGAAGACUCAAUUCAGCUGGUGGAGGAAAUGGGGAUGGAGAAAGCGGCGAUGGACAUCAGUCUGUUUAUGAAGCUGCAGAAACGUGUGCGUGAGCUGGAGCAGGAGAAGAAGAGGCUGCAAAGCACCGUGGACAAGAUGGAGGAUCUCGCCAAGCGCAGGGGCUCGGAGGCCAGGAGUCCAACCUCGGAUCAGGAGGCCGCAGAUCUGACGUACAACAACCUCAAGAGAGAGGAGCUGGAGUCGGAGAACAAGAAACUGAAGGACGACCUGAACACGCUGAGGAAGAACAUCGCCGAGCGUGCGGCUGAGAACAACACAAACAAUGAGCUGCAGGACAGCUACAACCUGCUGCUCAGUCAACUCAAAGCAGCCAACGAGGAGCUGGACGCCCGCAAAGAGGAGGUGCUGAUCCUCAGGACUCAGAUCGUCAGCUCUGCCCAGCGACAGGAGCAGAACGAACAAGUGCAGCAGAGUGAGAACGUUCCCAACGUUUCCGAGGUUCCUGACAUUCCUGUAGUUCCCGAGGACAAAGAGGAGGCCCUCAAAGCGUAUCAAGGACUGGCCGAGUCCAAACGGCUCCUGGAGUCGCAGCUGCAGUCUCUGACACGGCAGCACAAAGAUGAGUUGGACGCUCUCCACACUCAGAUCGAGCUGUUGAAGGACGACAUUGAGAAGAAACAGGAGCUGCUCAGUUACACCAUGUCUCUUUCCCCGGAGGCUCAGGUGGAAUACAGCAUCCAGCAGGAGAUCACACGACUCACCAACGACAACCUGGACCUCAAGGAGCUGGUAGAAAAACUGGAGAAGAACGAGAGGAAACUGAAGAAGCAGCUGAGGAUCUACAUGAAGAAGGUCCAGGAGCUGGAAGCGGCUCAAGCAGCAGCCCUGAGCAGCAGAUCAAGGCCAGAGCUGACUCGUCAGGUGACGGUUCAGAGGAAGGAGAAGGACUUUGAAGGAAUGCUGGAGUACGACAAGGAGGAUGAGGUCUUCCUGUUAAAGUCGCUCAUCACAGACAUGAAGCCCACCUCCGUGUCGGCGACCGUCCCCUGCCUGCCGGCGUACAUCCUCUUCAUGUGCAUCCGCCACGCUGACUACAUCAACGACGACCAGAAGGUGGAGUCUCUGCUCACCUCCACCAUCAACGCCAUCAAGAAGGUCUUGAAGAAAAACAGCGACGACUUCGAGAUGACGUCCUUCUGGUUGGCCAACACGAGUCGUCUGCUCCACUGCCUGAAGCAGUACAGCGGCGAUGAGGCGUUUAUGACGCAGAACUCGCCGAAGCAGAACGAGCACUGUCUGAAGAACUUCGACCUGGCCGAGUACCGGCAGGUGCUGAGCGACCUGUCCAUCCAGAUCUACCAGCAGCUCAUCAAGGUCGCCGAGGGCAUCAUCCAGCCCAUGAUCGUGUCGGCCAUGUUGGAAAGUGAGAGCAUUCCCAGCCUUGCGGCGGUGAAGCCGACCGGCUACAGGAACCGCUCGUCCAGCAUGGACAUGGACAGCGGCGGCCCAAGCAGCUACACUCUGGAGGCGCUGAUCAGACAGCUGGGACAGUUCCAAAGUAUGAUGAGUGAACACGGGCUGGACCCCGAGAUCGUGGGUCAGGUGAUCCGUCAGCUGUUCCACUGCAUCAACGCCAUCACGCUCAACAACCUGCUGCUGCGCAAAGACGUGUGCUCCUGGAGCAAGGGCAUGCAGCUGAGGUAUAACACCAGUCAGAUGGAGGAGUGGCUGCGGAGUCAUAAUCUGUACCAGAGUAAAGCGGCAGAGUCUCUGGAGCCGAUCAUUCAAGCCGCGCAACUGCUGCAGGUCAAGAAGAAAACCACUCAGGACGCAGAGGCCAUCUGCUCGCUGUGCUCCGCCCUCACCACACAGCAGAUUGUUAAGUUGUUGAAUCUCUACACGCCGCUGAACGAGUUUGAGGAGCGAGUCACUGUGUCCUUCAUCAGAAACAUACAGAAUCGUCUCCAGGAGAGGAACGAUCCCCCUCAGCUGCUCGUCGACACCAAACACACGUUCCCGGUCCUCUUCCCGUACACGCCGUCGGCUCUGAGCCUGGACGGGAUGCACAUCCCUGCCUCCCUCGGCCUCGACUUCCUCGUCAGAGUCUAACCCUCGGCGGGCGCGCUGGUGCUCACAUUCAGUGACGUCUUCACCUGUUGGAAAGCUCAGGGACAGAAACCAUUUUUCACUCAGGAUCAACCAAUACAAAAAAAUCAUACUAUCAUAAUUUUUUUCUAAAUUCCCACAGUCCUCCAAUGAAACACUAAUGAUGUUGUGUUCAGGUGCCAGAGGAAAAAUGAAGACUUUGUCUGACUGCGUUUACAGUGUGCCUUUGAUUCCCUUACCUGCAUCUCCUUUUUUUAAACUGAACUUUAUAAACAUUUAAAAAAAUGAAAAUAGAAGUUUAAUAAUCACUACGUUCAUGACAAGAAACACUUAUAAUAAUAACAACAACAAUAAUAAUAAAAAAAACAUUUUAAAAUUUAAAGUAGUUUCACUUUGGUUUGUUGACACUGAUGUAAACAAUAAAUCCUUUAAUCUAUUA